AUGAUUCAUUCAAGAAAAGUCAGUGAUGAGAAGGGAAAAAGUAGCACAUUCAGAUUAGAUUUGCAGAAAAGGGACAAUGCACAAGAUGUCCCUAGCCCAAAAACAGAGGAAGAAAAAGUUAGUAAAAAUACCUCCUCCAAGCAAGUUCCCCUCUCAGGUAUAGUGGAUCCCAACAAAGAGAGUGGAAGGAAAGAAGUAGCCUUUCACGGCUCCCUGAAAGCAACUAGGCAAGGAACCACCAUGGUGACAAAGAAUAAAGGUGAUCCAGAUGCAAAGAAAAGCAAAAGCAAAGACAAGAGGAAAGCCAGGACAAGUGCAAUGAAGCAAAAAAGUGAAAAAAAAUUGCAGACUUCAGACUGAACAGGUAGAUAUAGUCCUUUAUCUGUAGAAACCAGAGUCAGUCUCAGAACAAGGUAUUGUGCUGCCAAAAAUAGUCACUCUGACACAUAUAGUACCCUAACCUGUGGCAACGUUGACAGACCUUGAAGAGAUAUGGUGUGACAAAGGACUGUUGCACUGUGUAAAUGGAGCUACUGUUCAGCCUCAGCUCAUUGGAAUACAACCUAACAUGUUCUCAGUCAAUAUUGCAAAGGAUAAGCAACUUGAAAGUAUUGUAUUUCCCAGACUACAUCGUUGGGAAGAAAGCUGAAUUGAGUGCAUUGCAAAUGCAGUAAAAAAAUACCCUAAUUGCUGU